AUGCUCGAGUUACUGCAUUUGAAGGCUCUCGGGAUUCUGCAAGUCGUACCUGUCCCGCCCCAAAUUGUCGACUGCAAGAUAGGACUUCUGGACAGCUACACAUGCGAGAAUGAACUGACGGUCGAGAUUGGAGGCCAUCAGCUGAGAUACAGCGAUCUCAAGAGCAUCUUUGACAUGUUGCCAAACUACCGUUCGAAUCCGGACAAACCGAACGAGUUUUCUGCAGACCACUUGUUCACCACGUUUGUUCCGAACACCGCACAAGACUUGGGCUUGUAUACCUUGUACAACUAUUAUCUGAUGCAAGAUAUCUUCUUCGGCCCUGUAUGGGAAAUAUUUUCGACAGGAGUCGAUGAGUCGACGAACACCGCUCCCUUCGCCGUUCCUCACAGCACACAGAAGAGGCGGAUCGAUGGAGGUUCCUCUGCAGAAGCCACGGAGGGCUCUUCUCUCCCCUCAGACCACAACGCUCAUGCCUCGACUCCGUACGGUGCCGAACAAAUAUUUCCCAAGCUUACAGCGGUGCUGGAUGCAGUCCGGGUAGCGCGUCUGUUGGAGCCAGUCGAUGAGAAAGCUGUAUCGAAAGACCGCUUGAGUUCUGUGUCUACUGCGCAGCUUCUCCUUGACCUGUAUCUCCAUGGCCGUGAACCACAAGAGCCUCCUCAAAACGCACUGGCCCACAGUGAAAAUUGA